AUGAGCUCGACGCCGCAAGGCUUGGGAGGCAAAGCCCUAUCGGCAUCGGCAUCCAACUUCACCCCGUCACAAUCUGUCCCCAUCCCGUCGCCGAAUUUCGAUUCCAGUUCGCGUCGAUCCGGCAUCUCGAGUCCGGCCCUGUCCUAUACCGCUCCCAGAAAGGGGCAGGCAGCCCGGAAGCAGCACAAGGACAAGCGAAGGCCACUGCGAGACAGCCGGCUGGAUGACGAUGACGCCAUGGCUGAACUGAGGGCUAUGAGAAACGCUUCGAGCCGGAGGGGCCAGACUUCGAUCACCCACCUACUCAACUACUCGGCCCCGUUACGCCACUCGCACGACUACGGGCAUGGACACGGCCACGGUCACGGAAGAUCUGCUCGACGGCACCCGACUUGGGGGCCCGGCUCCGGCUACCACCCCGUCGACAAGGCCAAGUUUGUCCAUGCCAACUACCGAUUCGUUGUGGCGCCCGAAAACGACUACACGGCCCAGGCGAGCGACGCCGAUAAGCAUCUCGAUUGGAACGACGUACAGCAGGUCGUGGCGUCGACCGAGUCACAAUCGACAUCGUGCCCAAUCUGCCUGUCCGACCCAGUCGCCCCGCGCAUGGCUCGGUGCGGCCACAUCUUCUGCCUAUCGUGCCUGUUACGAUUCAUGAAUUCAACAAGCGAUGACGAACCGAGCUCCAGAAAGGAGGCCCGAUGGAAGAAGUGCCCAAUAUGCGAGGACUCGUUCAAGAUGGCCGAGACUCGCCCUGUGCGGUUUUACGCCGGUCAAGAGAACCCCUUGCCCGGUCCGGGCGACGAUGUAGUAUUGCGGCUUAUGGUACGAGACUCGAGCUCGACCCUGGCUCUGCCAAAGGAGGGCGGUACAGACCCCGUCAACGUCGGAGAAGAGGUGCCCUGGCACUUUGCAGCAAACGUAAUGGACUACGCCCGCAUUAUGAAGGGCACCAGAGAUUACAUGAUCAGCGAGUACGAGCGAGAGAUCGACGAUCUUCGGACCCAGGCCACCAAAGACGAGAUACAGUUCGGGGCAGAAGACGGCGACUGGACGGCGAGGGCCAUCAAGGCCAUCACCACGGCCAAAGACAAGGUUAGAGACCAGAAGACAGACGUCGAUACUGACACAACGCCGGCUACUGGGCUUGCCAAGGCCAAGCAGCCGGCAGGCCACCCAUUCCAUUUUUAUACGGCUCCCCCGCAUCUUUACCUGUCGCCACUCGACAUCCGCAUCCUGAAGACGAAAUUCGGCGACUACUCUAAUUUUCCCUCGACGCUCUUGCCGCGCGUCGAACACAUCUCGACCGGCCAUGUCGUCGACGACACCAUGAGGAGGCGGACCAAGUACCUUGCUCACCUCCCACACGGAUGCGUGGUCAGUUUUGUCGAGUGCGAUUGGACAGACAUUGUUCCCGCCGAAGUACUCGAGACGUUCUCCAAGGAAUUAGAGAAGCGUCGGAAGUCACAUCGAGACAAGGAGGCACAAGAAGAAAGAGAGCGGGUACAGGCAGAGCGGCUUGAGGCUGCAGCCAUUGGCCGUGGUGCGCGUCGACACUUCGACCAGGCAAACGACAUUCACCUGGAUGCCGUCCCGGCGAUCAACUCGGAUGAUUUUCAGCCAUUAGGGUCCGCACCCAGCACAACACCCCCGAACCCGCGGCCCGGGUUCGAACAGCUAGCCGACAUGUCCACAAGUCCGUCUACUUCCAAGACUGUGUGGGGAACCCGAGUGUUGGCAGCCUCUCCCGACCUUGGGCCGGUUUCAGAGGCAAACACAAACGACGGCUGGCUGAGGGAUGAUGAUUUCCUUGGGCCUGCCGAGGUUGCGCUCCAACUGGAAGCAUUCAAGAUUGACGGGGCCAGCUCAGGACCGGCAACGCCAGGCGGUGGCGGCGGCGGAGGAGGAGGUGGUGGUGGGAAGAAGAAGAAGAAGCAGAAGAUCACUUUGAUGAGCACAGGCGGGCAUCGUGGCGGAUGA